AUGGAGAACACGAUGAUUGAUAUUGAACAGGGCUGCUGCCUGAGCCUCUUGGAUAAACUUCCCAAUCGCAGCGUUGAUCUGGUCCUGACCGAUCCGCCCUAUGGCAACAACGGCACCUACGGCAAUGCCGGCCGGCGCAUUCUGGGUGACGAACAUCCGUUGGUUGCUCUAUCGGCGAUCGCUCGGUGUUAUCGGGUGCUGAGGCAAAAUCGGACCUGCUUCAGUUUUGUGAAUGUGCGGCAGUACCCUUUCGCCGAAAGUUUUGUGUCUCGCUACACCGAUUUCAAAAUCCGUGACGUGGUGGUGUGGGACAAGAGGGACAACGGGUUCGGACGCGGAUUUCGGAAGCGCUACGAACUCAUCAUGGUGUUGGAAAAAGGUCGGCCGACAUACAAUGGCAAUGUCUUGGCCAAUGUCCUGAACAUCCCGCGCAUCCCCCGGCCAAAACAUCCAAACCAGAAGCCGGUCAAGCUGAUGAAGACGUUGAUUGAACACGCGACCGCGCCGGGCGACGUCAUUCUUGACCCCUUCAUGGGUUCGGGGAGCACCGGGGUGGCUGCAUGGGAACUUGGUCGCCAGUUCUUCGGCAUGGAGCUGGAUAAGAGCCACUUUGACAUGGCCCAGACUCGUCUGGGAGAAGCGAUUUGA